AUGAAUUGUGAGUAUAGGAAACGUUCAUUUGAAUGCGGAAUUGAAAAUCUGAAAGCAAGGUUCACCAGGAGCAAAACAAAGAUCACUGAUUUGCUUCAUGAGAACUUUUCAAAGAAACGAGGGGAACUCCUAUUCGUCAGGCAUCUACUAUCAGCCCCACUCAACUUCUCCCGCGGGCGCUGCACAACUCUGGUGACCGCCUUAUCGGCCCUUUGGGACCGGAAACCCAAGCCCGCCGGGGUUCUCUGCCGGCGAGGGGCGGAGCCAGAACGCGAUCGACAGUCCUCAGAAGUUCGUCCGGCGCCGCCCCAGCCGCAACAAGGCGCAGCUUCCACUGAGAGAACCCUGGCCCAGCUCAGGGGGAUUCUGAGGCAGAACGAGGAGACCGACACGAAGCCAUCCUGCCUUCGGUACUCGGAGACCACGGGGGCCUGCUCCACUGAGUCCCGCCGGGCCUCAGGAGAGGCGGGGCUUCCCGGGCGCGACGGCGGCCAGACCCGGCCUGCGGCAGGGCGGGGCCUGCGAGCGCGAGGCCCCCAGGCUGAUGUGCGGGGCUGCCCGAGGUGUGCCGGAUACCGGGCUCAACAUUUGCCGCCAGCUUCUUUAGUCCUCAGGUCCGACCCGUCGCUUUUCCUGAGCCGCUACCUUCUCGACCUUCUUUUCUAUCUCUUUGUCACUUUAACUGCUUGA